AUGGACGCUGAGAGUCUUAUUAAACAUUUUCAACGAGAGCCAGAGGCCACUUUAAUGCCAAUGUCUGUGAGCUCUGACUGGCUGGACUAUGAAAACGAGACCACCGGGAAUCAGUUCCAGCAGCCAGUCUGGCAGGUGGCUCUGUGGGCCAUGGCCUACUCUCUCAUAAUAUUGGUGUCUAUCACAGGGAACGUCACAGUCAUCUGGAUCAUCCUUGCUCAUAGACGCAUGAGGACCGUAACCAACUACUUCAUCGUCAACCUAGCCUUUUCGGAUGCAUCCAUGGCAACCUUUAACACCCUUUUCAACUUUGUCUAUGCUCUGCACAACGACUGGUACUUCGGCCUGGGUUAUUGUAGAUUUCAGAACUUCUUUCCGAUCACAGCUAUGUUUUCAUCAAUAUAUUCGAUGGCUGCCAUAUCAGUGGACAGGUACAUGGCGAUCAUCCACCCACUGAAGCCUCGCCUCUCCUCCAGCUCCACAAAGGUCGUAAUUGCUUUGAUUUGGAUUGUGGCCUUCUCGCUGGCUUUCCCUCAGUGUUACUACAGUAUAACUAAAUUUUACUACCCCAGGACCGUGUGUAUGGUUGACUGGCCGGAUGAUUAUGGAGGAACCCAUCAGCUAAGCUACCAGUUUGCAGUGAUAUUGCUGAUCUACUUGCUCCCUCUGCUGGUGAUGUUGGUGACCUACAGUUUAGUUGGUCGGUCGCUCUGGGGUGGACACAUCCCUGGGGAGGCAACAGAGCAUUACCACAGCCAGAUAACAGCCAAGAGGAAGGUGGUGAAGAUGAUGGUGGUUGUGGUGGUGACCUUUGCUCUCUGCUGGCUUCCCUACCAUAUUUACUUUAUUCUGGGCUCCUUUAACAGAGAUAUUUAUAAACAGCAUUACAUCCAGCAGGUGUAUCUGGCUAUUUUCUGGUUGGCUAUGAGUUCAACAAUGUACAAUCCAAUUAUAUACUGCUGUCUGAACCAAAGGUUUCGAGCCGGAUUCCGUCAUGCGUUUGCCUGGUGUCCCUUCAUCAAAGUGUCAGAGGAGGAUAAGAUGGAGCUGCAGUACACCCACACCUUCAGAGUCACGGUGACGCGCAGCAGCCGCAGCGUGGACUCUUACACGCAUGGAUCCAGAAAAACAAACAACGCAAACUCAGAGAAAGUUGCUUGUUUGCAGCGGAAAAAAAACCUGUGCAGCUCACAAAACUAUCACGUGGUUAGGAAACAGGAGGACACAGGAGGACUUUGAAGAUCUGCUCUGUGAGCUCGAAAAUUAUUGUUUACAAUAUCAAGGAAUGAAUGUGACUGAAAAAUAAUGAAAGUACUCCUGAUCCUUUUCAUGGUUUUGGUGCGCUGUGUGCUUACUUCUAAAGAUGCUUGCAAAAGUAAUCAUACCCCUUGUUUCACAUUUGUUUUACAUGAAUACCAUAAUUUUUAUAGCAAUUUAAUUAAAUUUUCUGUAAUUGAUUAACACAAGUCAGUGCAUCGUUGUGACAUCCGAUUCAAGUGAUUAGAUUACCUCCUCAGCACGCCACCAAAUGUCUGUUGAUUACCUAUUAGUUUAGGUUAAGUGUGUGGCUGCAAGGAAAUGGAUAAAACAAAGUACAGAAACCCCUGUAAACAAGAAUUGGGAAGCUCCAACCCAGUGAAAAUGAUAAAUGGUUGGCUCACGUGUCUGUUGGUGACCUGAGGUAAUACUAUGGAGAAUAAUCUUUGUUGCAAACCAGGCUUCAUUUUGUCAUAAAUAACUUCAUUUUGCCUUAAUCUGUAGCUCAUUAGCUGUGUGGUGCUUGGCCUUUCUAAAUCACUUAGUCCUCUAAACUCAAAUACGUUUCUAAAUGACUUCACAGACCUGCUGCAUCAGCCCUGAAAAUUACACUCAGAUUAUAACUCUUCUAAAGGUGAUUUUAGAGGGGAUUUGGUUGCAAUGGUUUUUAUUCCGGUGUGUAAGGGUGCAGGAGGGAAAUACAGAUUCCACGCUUUAGAUUUUUAUUUGUGAAUCAUUUUUAAACCAUGCAGCAUCUUUUCUGUUCACGGUUAUGCACUACUUGGUGUUUGUAACAGUAAAUGAAAACAAAAACUGAAAUAUAUGAAAGUGACAAAGCAGGAAAAGGUUCAAGGGACAUGAAUAUUUUUGUAAUGUACUGCAUGUAAGAAGGAGAGAAUCGUUGUUCACUGUAACAGAUCAUCUGACUCAAUAUCACAUGUAAAUUCUAUUUAAAAACUUUUAUUUGAUGUACAUUUUAUGGACGAUUGGAAUAGCAUGAAGAACCAAGCAAAAGAAGUAAAGGGACUAAAACCGACAGCCUUUCUUUGAGGUGCUAGCCUUUGAACAACAAGGUUCUGUUGAGGGUUUACAUUUGUUGAAUACUGUAAAUAAUAGACUAGCAGAGACUAAAUGUGAGAUUCUAAAGUUUUUUUGCUGUGUAAAAUGUCUAAAUAUGAAGCGACAUUGUUCUCUUAUGGCCAACAUCCCCUUCAUUCUUCCGCUCAUUGUAAACUUUUACAUUUCUGUGUUGCUUUUAAAAUGGUAAAUAGUUUUUUCUGAACUCUGUAGUGCUCAAAUUAAACCUUCUAUUCAAGAUUUA